AUGCAUCUCCCCAACGGCUUCACCGUCGCCGCGCUGCUGGCCGGGGCGACGAGCCUCGCCGCCGGGCAGUUCGUCUUCCCCACGGGCUCGACGCGCCUCAACGCCAAGGAGCAGUGCACCAUCCGCUGGAACACGGACGGCCUGCAGGCGCCCCUGUCCAUCAACCUCGUGCCGGGCGAUGGAGCCCAGAGCGGCACCGUCGCGGACAAGAUUGCCGCCAACAUUCCCAACUCGGGCUCUCUCACCUGGACGCCAGCCGCCUCCAUCGCCGCCCUGCCGUCCUUUGCCAUGGUCAUCCUCGACGCGCGCGGCGCCGUGGUCCUCACCUCGGAGCCUUUUAUCAUUGCUGCGCUUGCCAACCAACAACAGCAGCAGCAGAAUCAAAAGCAGCAGAAGAAGCAGCAGCAACAACAAGCGACGGCAACGCGGCGCCGCGGAGGCGCUGGUGGUAAUGGUGGUGGUGGUGGCAGCCGCACCCGCUCCGUCGAGAGGAUAGAGGCGACGGACGCCGUGGGCGGUGACAAUGACGGCAAGCCCGGGCUGAAGCCGUUGCCCAACGUCGCCGACGGCAACAACAACAACAAUAACAACAACAACAAGGACGGUGAGAAGAACCAGGGCGACAAGGAUCAACAACAGCGGCAGCAGCAGGACGGAAAGAAGAAGAAGAAGACGCAAAAGGGCAACGGCGACGAUGACGAUAACAACAACAAUAAAGACCAGGGCAACGACAAGCAGGGCAACAACAACGACAACAACAAUGCCGGCGGCUCGCUCAAGCCCCUCCCCAACGCCGCCGCUCCGGCCAACUCAGCCCAGCCGGAGCCGGAGCCGGAACAGCCCAAGAAGGACAACGGCAGGCAGCCCGAUAACAAGCAGCCCGCGGACGCAAAAACAACAACAGCAGCAGCAGCAGUGGGGGCAGCGCCACCCUCUUCCACUCCAGCCGCCGCCGUCUCUCCCCCUCCCGCCGCCGAGCCGACCACCCCCCCUGCUGCCGAUUCCGCAGAGGCAGGCGAUCAGAAGAACCAGCCACCCACCACCCUCGCCCCCUCCCCCUCCUCCGUCUCAGAGCGCGCCCUCGCCGCCGCCGCGGACGGAGAUGGCGACGCCGGCGGCCUCGGACGCGGCGACGAUGGCUCGAACCCGCUCUUGCGAACCCUCCUCCCAGGCAUCAUCAGCACCCGCAGCCGCACCAGCACCCGCGGCGGUGGCAACAAGGGCAGCGGCACCACCACGCCGCGACCCAUCUACACGACGCUGACCGACGUGGACAUCAGCCUGUCCGCCGAGGCGACGCCCGAGCCCGGGGGUCGCGGCGGCCCCGGCCUGACCAACAACAACUCGCAAAAGUCCGCCGCCGCGGGAGGGGCCCGGUCCGACGUCCUCCUUCUCGCGGGGCUGGCACUCAUCGUGGGAGUUGGAAUGAUGGUGUAAAAGGUUGUCGUUUGAACGACACCCGGGGGGAGAUGGAGGGGCCAUGCAUGCCUUGGAUACCACGGGAGAUGGGCGCUAUGAUCUUUGCUUGCUUGCUUACGAUUGUAUAGAUCGGUGGACAACGGGGGGAGCACGCAGCUGGUGCUGCUGCUCGGGAAAAUAAAUACCACCAUCAUCCUCAUAUUCUUCUUGUUCUCUAUGGUCCACUCAAAAUUAGAUUGAAAAUACACGAUGCGC